GAUCGAUUAAGGGUUCAGAUUUAUCCGAAAAUCACGAGGCGAGCUGGAAGAAAUCAUAAGUUUUCAGAUUGGUCAACUGAGAGCAUUGAAUAUUUUCUGAACCUUCUCAAGGUCAUGUGAAGGUUAUUUGGACUGAGGUUUUGAGUCAUCUGCUUUGGUUGUUUUCGAUGACGUUUUUGUGUGUUCCCACGAUAUCCACCUCAGAAGUCGACGUGACUGUACCACUAGAAAAAUUUAUUUCUGCGAAAUUCGGACAAUCUGUUGCAAGAGAGUGUAUCAAUCCUCUAGAAAGACUGAAUGUUUUACGCAGCAAGGCUUGUUUUGUUCUGGACUGCCACUUAACCGAACGGAUUGAGUCCCUUGCAAUGUAUCAUGAUGCUUUGUGGAAUUUUGAAAAGCGGAUCAAUACGUCAGAAGACUUAGGCAUUACAUGGAGCUGGAGCGACAUAUCUCAAAAGAACUAUUCAAAGCAUUAUUCCUUUAGCUUUGAAAGAAUGAAUAUUAUUUUUUGUUAUGCUGCUGUCCAUUCAGCUUUGGCUACGACAUAUAAUUUAAACAUGGAGCACACAUUAAUGAAGGCUAUUUCUAGUUACAAGAUUGCUGCUGAAGCAUUCGAGUAUCUUGCUCUACAUGUGGAACAGUCGAAUAAGAAUAUGACUCAAGAGUUACUAACUGUUUUCAGUGAUGUUAUGAUUGCACAAGCCAAUGAGUGCAAUUUUCUUCGAUUUCGCAAUGAUGAACCUGAAUAUCGACGUAUUGUAAAUCAUAUCAAUAAAUUGUAUAAAAAGUGCCUGGAUUCAUUUUCAGCCAUUUCAAAUUGUUUACAAGAUGAAGACAUAGCAAAAUGUUUACCUGAGGACUGGCAGCGAGUUAUUAAAACGAAACAAAAGUAUUACAGUAUUUUAGCCUCAGCUCAUUUAGUUGAAGACAAACGAAAAUGCAAAAGGGACGCUAAGGAAUCUGCUGGUCUUCUAGUUUCUAGAUUCACGCGUAGUCUGUCAUCUCGUCGUUGGUCAGAAAGUUUUGCACCUGUACAUGAGAUUGAAACCAAUAGUGAAGUACAAGCAACUCCUGUCCUAAGCAAUGAUGUCAUAACAAAGGAGAACUUGCGUAUACCGCUAUUGUUUCCAGAACCAGAAGACAUUUUUGAAGUGUUGGUUCCAUUUCCUGUUCUUGAAGGUUUAGCUAUUGCUAACGACACACGAACAGCAAUUGUUAAUUCGGAAUUUACCAAGUUGAAGAAUGCUGAUAUUACUUUUGAGAGGGAAAUGACUAAACACAAUUUUCCACGUUCAUUAGAACUCAGUGUAUUUCAAUUGAUUUGUGAAACAAUUUUGAAAGAAUCUUCUAAAAUUCGAAAUUCUGGUGGAUUAGAGGCUUUAAGAGAGAAAGUCUAUUCACUGAAACCAAUGGCGGAAGACCGAUUCAAAACACUUGCAGAAAUAGAAGAGAUGUUACGUAAAGAAGAAAACAAUGAUGUUGCUUUUCGAACUGGUUACACUAAUGUUUUGUUUCGUGAACCAUCAGAAAAGUUGAAUGCUAGUUUUCGUGAAAAAAUUGAUAAAAUACGUCUAUCUGUACAACUGGUGUCUGAAAAAGACUUGGAUGUGAUAUCUUUAUUCAAACAACACGAAGCAAGCUUUCAAACAUUGAACAUGCCUGAAAAUGAAAUUCUAGCCUAUAUUCAGUCAAAUUUGGAGGCUGAAGAGAUAGGCAUUAUCGAGGAAAUAGAAAAUAUUCGUAAAGAUUUAAUACGUAUUUGGGAACAACUUGAAGUGAAUAAAUGUCAGCGCAAUGAUGUCAUAAAAAUGUGGGAGUUGGUUUGUUUACCACCGAAUUUUAUUGAAACACUAACCAAAUGGUAUCGUACAGAUGGUGAAAUUAAUCAUAAUGAAGUAACUGCAAGAACAUUUCGUGAUAAAGUUGAUGCAGCACGUAUGUGUGUGAAUGAAAAUUUAGACGAACAGCGAAAUCUAUUAUGUCAACUACGUAUAAAAUAUGAACCGUAUUUUAAUCAUAUUCUUAAAUACCAACAGCACAAAGUGAUAGCAAAUUUACAUGAAAUGUGUAAAAUACUUAAAACAAUACGUAAAGAUGUAGAGAAAAGUUUACAUUGGCAUUCUGAAUUUGAAAGAUUAUGUAGUGAAGAACUACAGUUAGUUGACGACUUCUGUCUUGCUCGAAGUGAUGAAAUAAACCAGAUUAUCGCAGAAAAUGAACAGUGGGUAUCUGUGACCAAUGAUUUAAAAUCAACAGACUAAUUUCAAGGAGGGCACCACCAUACUGCAUAUUAUAUACAUAUACAUAUAUUCAAGUGUAUUUUUUUGAUAGAGUUCAGUACAUACCUUUUUGACAUUUCACCUAUUACAUUUUUAUUGCAUUUUACUAAUUUUUGAAAACCGUCAUUUUAUGACAAAAUUAUCCAUCGUUUAACUCCACUUCUAUUGCUUUUCACACAUCGUCUAUCUUUGAAACGUAAUUUUCAUCCACCAAUGUCAUGGAGGGCAGCAGAUAGUUUGGGUGUGUGCAUACAUAGGGACAGGGAGUGACAGUCAUUCUCAGCACAAUCACUCAUUACGUUGCAUUACAUUAUUUUCCAGCAAAAGUUUUUUUCCCCAUUAUUUUGAUUUUUUUUUAAAUCUUCAUUUUAAUCGACACAUGCUUGAAACCCAUCACUUUGCAUCAGUAAUAUAGAAAAUAUUUAACAUUUUGUGAUAACUGACCAAAGUCCAUAUGAAGCAAUAUUUUUAUGCACCAAAUAAUAUUAUACUUUAUUUAAUUCAUCAUGCUUUAUUAUGUAAUAUAUAUCAUCAAAUUGUUGGUGAACAAUAAACGAUCAGUUUUUACUAACUGUUUGUUUUGUUACAUGCAUUACCUCUUCUUCAUUAUGUGAUUAUGAGGAGGUUUUAGCUAGACAAGUAGUCAAAAGAUAGUAACCAGAUCAGUCAUUCCUACAGGAAGUCGAUUGUGACCUCAAUAGCUUAACGAUACACUUAUUACCUUGGUGUUUUAGUGGUAGAAUGCUUACCAAACACGCACAGGUUCUGGGUUCGAUUCCUGGCCGAUGUAUUCCUAAAUCCCACUGAAGCAGUAGUAAGCUGCGUAAUGAGAGGAGGUUGCGCACGAUGGUAACAACCCCACCCUGUAGAAGUAGAGCCAACGGCAACUGAAACUUC